AUGUUCAUUAAAUGGUCCAAGGAUUCGCUAUCACGCCUCUUUCUCCACGAAUCCGAAAGAAUAUUCGCCUUCCUAUGUGGCCAUGCAGCCGAGCUCAGCAUUCCUCUCGAGGUUAUCCCGAAGACAGUACGCUUCAAUUCGCGCUCCGAUCGCAUUUAUUAUCCAACGCCAUUCAAAGUGACCGAGACGUUAGCUGCGCUCAAGGGCAUUGAAGGUGCCCUUGCGGCUGCCAUAGCAGAUUUGCGCUUUGGGACCGAGUGUGAGGGAAGACAGGUCACGAUUGACCUAGAGAGAGCGACGCUGUUCGGCUUCCAAGCCCUCAUUGCUAAGGUAAAUGGGUGCUCUAGAUCAGAUCCAGGGAUUAAGAAGUAUCUCAAAGAUACCGAUCUCCAUGCCGCUCAAUCAAAUCUCUAUCGACGUCUAGCGGCGAAUAUGUACCGCACGAAGAAUGAGAACGAAUUCUUUCACCUGCAUGGCUCGCUGAACCCGAGCAAGACUCUCAAUAUGAUAGGCUUGGCGAGCCACCGAUCAGACCGAAUAGAGUACGACGAGAUCAUUCGUCUCAUACAAGCCCAUGUCGAGCAGUGGACGGCGGCUGAACUAGAGCAGGUAAAUCUGGAGUCCAAGCAGGCUGGAGUCACAGUAUACACAUAUAAACAAUUUUGCGACACUCCACAUGGAAAGACGAGCAUCCAGGAGCCUUGGUGGAAAGUCUGCCGCUUACAGGGCGACACGCCGCCAACACCAUUUGCCCCGAGCACAACACGCAGGCCGCUUGCUGGCGUGAAAGUGCUAGAGCUCUGCUGUGUAAUUGCCGGUCCAGUAAUCGGUCGUAUUCUGGCCGAGUAUGGGGCCGAUGUUCUCAAAAUCACUUGCUCCUCCACUGUGCCAGACGUACCAUUCUUCCAGGUGGACGGUAACAUGGGAAAGCAUGUCGUGGACAUAGACCUCAAGUGUGCGCGCGGUCGCAAGAAGUUUGAGGAACUUUUGCGUGACGCAGAUGUUAUUAUCGAUGGCUACCGACCCGGCGUGCUUGAGAGGCUUGGGUACGGUCCUGUCACCUUGUCUACUAUAGCCACCCGCCGAGGCAAGGGUAUUGUCUAUGUGGAUGAGAAUUGCUUCGGGCAUGAGGGUCCGUGGUCCGGCCGACCCGGAUGGCAGCAGAUUGUAGACUGCUUAACUGGCUUUGCAAGAGCUUUUGGGGCAUUUCUCAGGCAAUCGGAGCCCAUCGUAUCGCCUUGGCCAAUUGCAGACUACGGAGCAGGAUGCAUGGGCGCCAUCGCUGCCCUGACAGGCUUGUAUAACCGCGCCCGAUACGGUGGGUCGUACCAUUGUAAGGCGUCUCUCAUGCAAUUCAACUUGCUUCUCUUUGCUGUGGGACAGUAUCCGACGGAUAUUCAAAAAGAGCUGCGCGACAACCUUCCCCUUGCGUUCAGAAAUUUGCGGUACUGCGAUGGGGUGGACCGCAGUUCCAAGGUGGCCUUGGAUUACAUGCAGGAGAACUUCCCGUGGCUGUUCCAGACGCCAGCUUGUACCUCACCGGAGGACAACUUGAUGGAAACUUGGUACUCGCACCACUACGGUGCGGAGGUUGAGGUAGUAGGACCCGUAGCGCGGAUCGAUGCGGUCGAGGUUGGCUUUGUGCGUGCUACUCGGCCGAAUGGAGCUGAUGAGAAUGCUUCUUGGGACUUCUCAGAUAGUGAAGAAGACUUCAGAUGUAUGUAA